AUGUAUACCCAUGUGGUUGCCAACUUUGAGUGCCCAGCAACAGUCUGCAAAAGAAUUCCAUUAAGCUCCCCCCGCCCCCGCGCGCCACCUUCAAAUGAAAACCGAAACCGAACGUGGUGGUCGCGGGAGCGGAGGCAGAAGCAAGGCGCUGCUUGGGCGCGGGUAGGACGGACGCCGGUGUCCCUCCGCGAGGAGUAUCUGUGCGCCAUCUGCCUGGAGCCCUUCCGAAACCCCGUCACCCUCGACUGCGGGCACAAUUUCUGCCAAGGCUGCUUGGCCCGGUGCAGGGGGGAGGGCGGCCAUCGGGAGGCUCGUUACCCUCAGUGCCGGGAGCCCGUCCCGCCGCGGCGCUUCCGGCCGAACUGGCAGCUGGCCAGCAUCAUCCAGGCCGUCCUGGAGCUGGAGCUGGAGAAGAGGGCGUGGGAGCGCGGCUGGGGCAAGUGUCCGAAGCACCCGGUGGCCCCGACCCGCUUCUGCCGGGAGGACGAGGCGCUCCUCUGCUCGGUCUGCCAGAGAGCCCAGGAGCACCAGAGUCACAGGGUGGUGCCUGUGGAGGACGUCGCCCCGGAGUACCAGGCAAGGGGCUACCUGAGCUACAGGGACUUGAGAACUUUAUUCCCAGACCCUAUCUCUUCUUCCCUGUUGAGAAAAACCUGGUAUUUCCAAUCAGCAAUUGAAUGGAAAUAAAAGACUUCCUUUAUUACCAAUGGAGACAACAGAUGUAUGUGAUAAAAAAAGAAGACAAAAGAGAGUGAGAGAUGUAUGUGUGUCCAUCAGUGAAGGCGAUGGGACUGAGAGGAAGGCUGUCUGAAGAUCUUAGAGGAGAUAUGGUCCUUUGAAUACCCUGGACCAAAACUACAGAGUGCUUUACAGGUCAUAGCCAGCACUUUGAAUUUGGACUGGAAAUGGAUUGAUUGCCAGUCUCAGCCAGCAGCCUGGCUGCAGCAUUUUGAGCCAGGUUGAAGUUUCCAAACUGUCCUCA